AUGACGCCGGCGGCCGCGGCGGCGGCGGCUCGGGAGCACGACAAGAAGCUGCUGUACUUCGCCGGCGGCGCCAUCAUGCUGAUCGCGGUGACCACGGCGUUCGCCAGCAUCGCCAUCAUGCGCUCCGCGCUGCAGAACGUCAACAAGCACCGCAAGGGCAAGGCGCAGUACACGCUGCAGGCGGCCGACCUCAAGCCGCUGGGACACCGCCAGGACGCGGCGGUUCAGUACCCUGACAAGAUGCCGAUGGUGGCGGUCCCUGCCGCAGAUAAGCCGCGCAGAAAGAAGGCCGCCGCCCGCAAGGCUGCCGAGCGCCACCGGCCGGCCAAGAAGAAAGCCCGCGCCACAACCAGGAAGGCCAAGAAGGCGACCACCGGCCGCCGCAAGGCUGCCAAGGCUGCCAAGAGCGCAGCAAAGAGCAAGAAGCACGCCAAGAAGCCCACCACGACGGAGCCCGUGGAAAAGAAUGACGAAGACGAGCAGGACGACGAGUAA